UUGCUGACGUGGGGUGUCAGGUGGGCACUUCCAGCCUCCCUGUCCAACCUGUUCUUUUGGCUGCUCUCUGAUCUUGUACAGCACCGAUCCAUCCUGGAGUGAAUCCAGAUUGUACAGUGCAGAGCGCUGUGUUAGCCCUGUUGGAUGCAGCCCUGCUGGAGUGAGGUUUCUGGAGCAAAGCAGCACAUUAGCCUCCCAGACGAGAGACUGAAAGUGCUGGCCUGCCUGAACAAGCUGAGACAGCAGGACGUGGACGUGAUGAAGGUUUUUAAUGAUCCAAUUCACGGGCACAUUGAGAUACAUCCCCUUCUUGUCAGGAUCAUUGACACACCUGAGUUUCAGCGCCUCCGAUAUAUUAAGCAGCUGGGUGGCACUUACUUUGUUUUUCCAGGAGCCUCUCACAACCGGUUUGAACACUCCAUAGGGGUGGGCUACCUAGCAGGAUGUCUAGUUCGUGAACUGAAGGAGAGGCAGCCAGAAUUGAAUAUAACCCAGCGAGACAUCCUCUGUGUAGAAAUUGCUGGCCUUUGUCAUGAUUUGGGUCAUGGGCCAUUUUCCCACAUGUUUGAUGGAAGAUUUAUCCCACUCACUCGUCCAGAUUUGAAGUGGAAGCAUGAAACUGCUUCUGUUGAAAUGUUUGAACACCUGAUAGCUUCCAAUAAACUGGAAGAAGUCAUGAAGUCUUAUGGUCUCGUCCUGGAAGAAGAUAUAGACUUCAUCAAGGAGCAAAUAGGAGGGCCUAUAGAUGAGACUGCUUGUGGGGAGUCGUGGCCCUACCGUGGUCGGCAGAAGGAGAAAAGCUUCCUCUAUGAGGUAGUUGCUAACAAAAAAAAUGGCAUUGAUGUUGACAAAUGGGAUUAUUUUGCAAGGGAUUGCCAUCACCUAGGAAUCCAGAAUAAUUUUGAUUAUAGGCGACUACUUAAAUUCAUUCGGGUCUGUGAAGUAAAAAACCAGAAGCAUAUCUGUACCCGCGAUAAGGAAGUUGGAAAUUUGUAUGAUAUGUUCCACACGCGGAAUUGUCUGCACCGGCGAGCAUACCAGCAUAAGAUUGGCAACAUCAUUGAAAUAAUGAUUACAGAGGCCUUUCAAAAAGCAGACAAAUUUUUUAAAAUAGAAGGCUCCGGAGGAAAACUGUACCAGAUUUCAACAGCGAUGGAGGACAUGGAGGCCUACACCAAACUGACUGAUAAUAUCUACCUGGAAAUUCUGCACUCAAGUUGUCCAGAACUGGAGGAGGCACGAGAAAUUUUGCGUAAAAUAGAACGUCGUCAGUUAUACAAGUUUUUAGGAGAGACUCAUCCUGAAACAAAGAGGGAAGUUGUGAAGAAUAGCGACCUGGCGGAAAGCAUCGCUAACUCCAAGCCGGAAAAGGAUCCUCCAGAUGUGGAACUAAAGGCUGAAGAUUUCAUAAUUGAUGUUAUCAGUAUGGAUUAUGGCAUGAAAGAACAGAAUCCCAUUGAUAAUGUUCUCUUCUACUGCAAGGCUGAUCCUUCCAAGGCAGUCAAGAUCACUAAAGAACAGGUUUCAAAGCUUUUACCCAUGACAUUUGCAGAGCAGAUUAUCCGGGUUUAUUGCAAAAGUCAGGAUCCAGAUGUUAUUUCAGCUGCAAAACAGUAUUUUGUUCAGUGGUGCAUAGAGAAGGAUUUCACCAAACCACAGGAUGGUGAUGUGGUUGCCCCUCAUCUAACUCCAAUGAAGAAAAGCUGGAAUAACACAAGAGAUGAUGAACAAAGAAGAGCUUCCGAACCCAGCUGCAAACAAAGGCUUCCUUUUGAUAAGUAACAUUUCUCCUUCUGGCCUGAUCCAGCCUGCUUCCUAUGAAGGCAAGCAAACCUGGGCAGCAGCUCUUUCAGAAGCCAGUUGAGUUGACUGUAUGAGUUUAUGGAGCAAUGCAGAAAUGCAUUUUACGAUACAGUAUAUUUUAAUAUAAGUCCUUAAACAAAGUGCAUAUUCCAAAUGGACUUUUAGACAAUUUACAAACUCUACAGCAGAGCAAAAUCGAUCCCCAUUUAUUUUUGAAUGUAGUGGUACUGUGCUGCAAGAGUAACUUCAAAAACUGCAAUUCACCCUUGUUACAAGACAUGCUGAAGACACGGUACUGUUCCGUCCUGUCCUGAUCCCUUCUGAAGAUGACGGGGAUAUUGCAUGCGCUAGCAGGAAAAGCUGGGUUUUUUUCAGUACCCAAGGAAGAGAGGAGUAAGCACGCUACUGAAAAUAGAGGGAGGUAAUUCCACUUUGGAAUAACCACAGGUAGCAUCUUCAAGAAUAGCAAAAUGGAUUUAGUUUAAAAAGUUAAAAGGAGAGUAGAGGGCAAUGUUUUUAAUAACCGACAAUUACUUUUCUGGUAUUCCUAAAGGUGAUGAAGAUGCAGGCCUCUUGCUGUAAGUGUGACCACAACUUUUAUUGAAGUAACAAUGCAGUGACAUGCAGCCUUUUAUUGUUUUAUAGUGUAUUUUUGAUACACUGAAUAUAUUUUUGCUUUUACACUGAACCGCACAACCUGCUCAAAACGACCAUUGUUGGAGUGCUUGCAGGAACACGGCACUGCCCCAGUGCUUGUUGGGCAGAUGGAUGGCCUUACGUUCCUGGUGCGGUUAGCGAGACCUAGCAGAACACUGCACUGGCUCAGCUCUUCCUUGCACCAAGCACACCUUGUUUCUGUGUUACACUGUAUGAGGGAGACAGGCUCUUUGGAGAUUCUUCCAUUCUUGGAUUCCUCCCGUUUUUCCUGGAUCUCUUGUUGUUGUUCUGUGUAGGUUUUUUUCUCUCCCUUGUAGAACUGUGAGGGCCUCCAUGUUUUCCUUCCUGGCAGUGUGACUGCGAGUGCUGUCCAGUUGGAAAAGUGGCCAAGGCAGACCACCUUCCUCUCAUCUUUUACUCAGGUCAAAUAAAACCUCAUUUGUUUUCAUCAAAUAAAACCUAAAAGCUUGAAAAAGCCCACCCUGAAAACUAGAAAUGCAAAGCAGAACGUUCAGUAAUGCUCAGACACUUGGAUGGAGCUUUGGACUUUUAUAUCUGUAAUGGGGAAAGAAGAGGUGAGCACUGGGAGAACCAAGCGUGAGUGGUGGGGUUGGCUAACGCAGUGGGAAGUUGCUGAGAGAGAACGGCAGCUCUCCCUUCACACCUGAUUGUUUCUUUUGCCCUUUCUAUCCUGGGAGUGGAGAGCUGUUGGGCAGAGAGAAGGAAAGUGAGUGUUCAUGGACUUACUCAGAGUUCAUUUGUUGGAGUAACCAGAAGUCGUUCAGCGCUCUGCUGCUUCAUUGUGUACCUGUGCUCAGGCGUCCGAUGGUGACGCAGUGCAGCCCCUGCUGGUCGUGUCUCUUAACAGUAUUUCCCAUCUGCAGGUGCGCCAGCUAACCCACAGAAGCGGCUGUGACCUCUUUAAAAGCUUUUAAGGAACUUAUUAUGCUUUGAGAAAUGACAUCACAGAGUGAAGGCAUUUAUCUCAUCUGCAUAAAAUCAAGUGUUGUUCAGAAUAAUGUAAUUUUAUUAUUGUUGCUUGAGUUUGUUUGGAAUCUAUCACAAAAAGUGCACUUUAUACUUGGUAAAUACCUUUUGCUUGCCUUAAAGCAAAAAUUUGUGCUUGAUGUUAAGUUCUGAGACAGAGCAUUUCUUUUUCUCAAGUAUG